CAGUUGAAGGUCAAAUGUUAAGUUCAAUGGGUUAUCAUUAAUAUUUUCACUCUUUAAUGUUCAGUAGCGCUUUGAAACUAGAUGUUACAGAAACAUUGAAGAGCAAAAUCGUAUACGACCAUGCACACUGAGAGAAACGUGUAAAGGCAUCCAUUCAUCCCCUCUCAGACAAUGCAGUUUCUCACUUCAGUCCAAGUUGUACUGAUCCAGAAUCUGUUUUGGUGGACAGUGAUGUGCUCGUCUCUUGCGGUACUGCUGCGAUUCUUUGUCAUCACUAGCGUUUCAAGUUUUCCUCCCAAGACCAGCACUCAGGGCAAGACUGAAAAGCCGACAAAAAAGAAUGUGGCAGUGUGGGUAGUGAUACACAGCGGAGGCUGCUCUGGGGGUGACACUGCUCGUCGGGGCUGCAACUUCCUGGUCAGCGGAGGAGGGGAAGUGUCCGAUGGAAGGGGGUGGGGCGUCACAGGCAGCACCAACAACAAUAGUGUUGAUAUCUACCUCAUCGGAGACUACCAGGACGAGUCACCCUCAGACAAUCAAGUGUCAGCCGUGUCAGAACUGAUCACCUCGGGGGUGUCCGAGGGCUUCAUCUCUGCAGACUACAAGCUGGUCGGCCACAGACAGGUACAGUCCGCACCAACCACCUGUCCUGACACCAGACUGUACUCCAUGCUGCAGAAAUGGCCCAGAUAUGCAGCUCAUGUGGAGUGAAAACCCUUAACAUGUUUAGCGCUGAAGAAAUAAGUGUAAUUGUAAAUUAAAGUAAAACUCUGCUUCAUGUAUUUAUGCUUCUGUAAUGUUUAAUUAAAUAUACUGUACUUUUGGAUGAAGUUAGUAGACCUACAAGGACCAACAGUAGCCUAUUGUUUGAAAAAAAAAUUGAAAUAGCACAGUUUAAAAUUCUAUUUUCUGCCUUAGUUUUAGAAAUAUGUUGUCUGCAGGUUUGCUGCGGCAGGGUUCUUGAAUUUAUUGUGCAAGUUUCAUGUGUGGUUCAUAACAAAACAACCUACAUGGUUAUAACCAUAUCUUGUUAGUAUUUUCUUAUAAGGUAUCCAAAUGAUAGUUAUUCCAGGAUCAUUUAUGAGAGGGUCUACUUGAUAUUACAAAGAUAUGUGAUAAACUAACUCCAUAUAAACCACAGUGAAGUUUUCAAUUAUUUCCUGAGUAUUGGACGUUUUAAUUAAGAAAACACAGACUUCUUUUGUACACAAUUUUAUUAUACAUUAAAAAUACUGUACCCGUAUAAGACUUAGUGGGACAAGUUCUUAAAAUAAAAUAUCUCAACAUUGAAAAAAAAA